AUGCGGAAGAAGGUGGACCGCGUGGUGCGGGGGCUGGUGGAGAGCUGCGUGGCGAGCGGCGAGCGGGGCCUGUUCGUAAUCGUGGGGGACCGCGGCAGAGAACAAGUGGUGAACUUGUACUACUUGCUGAGCAGUGUGGGGCCCCAGAAGCCCGCUGUGCUCUGGUGCUACAAAAAGGAACUGGGCUUCAGCUCGCACCGCCGCAAGCGGCAGCGGCUGCUGCGCAAGAAGAUCAGCCGCGGGCUCUACGACCCCAACGUCGAAGACCCCUUCGAGCUCUUCGUGUCUUCUGCGCAAAUUCGCUACGUGCACUACGCGGACUCGCAGCAAGUGCUGGGCUGCACGUUCGGGCUGUGCGUGUUGCAGGACUUGGGGGGUUUGUCUGCGAACGUGUUGUGUCGCGCGGUGGAGACGGUGGCGGGGGGGGGCCUCGUGCUGCUGCUGCUGCAGCAGCAGCAGCAGCUGCAGCAGCUCCACCGCCUCGCCUUCGACUUCCAGGCCAGGUUCAAGGCCCGCGACUCCGCCCAACUCAGCCCCAGGUUCUCUCAGCGCUUCCUCUUGUCUCUCGUGGACUGCCGGCGCUGUCUCAUUCUCGACGACGAGCUCAACGUGCUGCCCAUCAACGGGGCCCCCGGCGUGGGGGCCCCCGACCCGCUGCUGCUGCAGCAGCAGCAGCAGCAGCAGCAGCAGCUCCAGCUCAUCAAAGACAAAGUCCAACACGCCCCUCCUCUCGACGCCCUCGUCAAACUCUGCGCAACCAAAGACCAAGCCAACGCAGUCCUCGCCUUCCUCGACUGCCUCUGCAGCUGCAAGAGCUUCCGCGGCAGCAGCCACUCCUCGGGGGGCCCCCAGGAGGGCCCCCAGGGGGGCCCCCAGGAGGGCCCCCAGGGGGGCCCCCAGGGGGGGCCCCAGGGGGGCGAAGGCUACCAGACCGUGGCCCUCACUGCAGGCAGAGGCAGGGGCAAGUCUGCUGCUCUCGGGCUCGCUGUUGCUGCUGCUGUCUCCCUGGGAGUCAGCAGCAUUUUCAUCUGCGCCCCACAGGCAGAAAAUGUCCAAACCCUUUUCGAAUUCGUCCAAAAGGGCCUGAAGGCCAUGGGCCUGCGGGAGCAAGGGGACUUCCAAGUGACCCUGGAGACUGUGGGGACUGGGGGCCGGGGCCCCAAAGGCGCGGACUUGUCUGGAGCAGCAGCUUCGGGUUUAUAUCAGCAGCAGUCUGUGAAGGCGGUGACUCGAAUUGAGGUGUACAGACACCACAGACAGCGCGUACAGUUCAUUUUUCCCCACGAGCAGCAAAGCCUCAUCAACGCGGACCUUCUCGUGGUGGAUGAGGCGGCCUCCAUACCGCUGCCAGUCAUUAAAAAGCUUCUCGGCGAGUUGCAGGGCCCUUACAUUGUAUUGCUGUCCUCAACAGUAAAUGGAUAUGAAGGCACGGGGAGAUCUCUUUCUCUGAAGUUGUUGGCGGAUUUGCGGCGGGGGUUGAGGGGCCCCCCUGGCAGCCACGGUGUACGUACACCCCAGCGGCAGCUGAAGGAACUUUCUCUCGAAGUCCCCAUUCGCUACGCAGCAGGAGACGCAAUUGAACAGUGGCUGCAUUCUUUGCUUUGUUUGGACUCCACAACGGCUCCAGCUCUGGACCCUGCAAAGGGGCUGCCCGCGGCGAGCAGCUGCGCGUUGUACUUGGUGAACAGGGACGCUUUGUUUUCUUACCACCCGGCGAGCGAGGCCUUCUUGCAGCGGCUGCAGGGCCUUUUUGUUUCUUCGCACUACAAGAACAGCCCCAACGACCUGCAGCUGAUGGCCGACGCCCCGGCCCACCUUCUUUUUGUUUUUCUCAAAACUGUCGAAGACCAACAAGACACACUUCCCGACAUUUACUGCGCCAUACAGGUUGCGAUUGAGGGCUCGCUCACCCGCGGAGCCAUUCGAGAGGCCCUCGGGAGAGGCCUCCGUCCUGCAGGGGAUUUGCUUCCUUGGACUUUGGCGCAAGCCUUUGGAGACGAAGACGUGGGGCUUCUCACCGGGGCGCGCAUUGUGCGAAUUGCUGUGCACCCGAGUCUGCAGCGAAUGGGCUUUGGGUCUGCUGCGCUGCAGCAGCUGAUAGACUUUUUCGAGGGCAAGGGCCUGUCUCUGCAGGAGCCCCCGGAGUUUGCUGCCUUUGCGCAGCGCAAGGCCGCGCAGCAGCAGCAGCAGCAGCAGGGGUCCAAAAGGAAGGAGAAAGUGUCCAAAAUGGACGCAGACAUCGAAGACUUGGACUUGGAAGCAGGGACAAGUGACGAGGAGACAGAGCCUGAGGAGCCCGAGGAAGCAGCAGCAAAAGAAGAAGAGAAGGGGUCAAAGGGGACAAAGGAGACAGCGAAAAAGCCCAAAAACGGGAAAAAAGACAAGGGCAAAGCCGCCGACUCGCUUUCCAUACUUACCGUCACCCCCGAACAGCUGCGGCCACAGACCACGCCCCCGCUGCUCUGCCCCUGCGCCCGCAGCUGCCCCCCCUUCGCCGUGGACUACUUGGGCACUGCCUUUGGCCUUACGGACCAGCUGCUGCGUUUUUGGGCCCGCAGGGGCUUCGUGCCUGUCUACUUGAGGCAGCAGCCCAACGACGUCACGGGCGAACACAGCUGCAUCAUGCUGCGGCCAGCUGCGCCCGCCCGAGCAGCAGCAGCAGCAGCAGCAGCAGCAGCAGAAGCAGCAGCGAGUUCGGACGCCCAGCAGGGGGAAAUGAACAAACGGGGGCUCUAUGACGGCAUUGACGAGGCGGAGGCGCGCAGCAAAGCAGCAGACGGCCAUUGGGUGCAGCUCUUCGCUGCAGACUUCCGGAGGCGGUUUGUGGAACUCACAGGGGGGCCCUUCAGAGACAUGUCUGUCUCCUUGGCCCUCGCCACACUUGCGGGCUCGAGGGGACAGGAAGCAGAGGGUUAUUUGCCUGCGUUGAACGCGGAGACGAUGUUCCAGUUCUUAACUCGCCACGACUUGAGUCGUCUGCACAAGUACGCGCAGCAGCUCGCGGACUUGGCCUUAAUAACGGACUUGGUGCCUUUGCUCUGCACUUUGUACUUCGGCCAAAGGCUGAGGCCCCUGCAGCUUUCCUUUUUGCAAGAAGCUGCGCUGCUGGGCAUGGGCGGCCAGAGGAGACAGCCUGACACAUUGGCUGAGGAAUUCAAAGUUCCUGUCCAUCAGAUUUUGGCGCUUUUUAACAAGGCAAUAGUGAAGAUCCACCAGCACCUGCAUAAUCUUUUGGAGGCCGAAGAGGCCUCGGCCUUCGCCGCCCGGAGAGUGGCCAUCAAGCAAGGGGAGUUAGUGGGGGGGGCUGAACCCCAGGGCCCCCUGGCGGAGGAGCAGCAGAAAGAUGCAGCAAAAGUGCUGGAGCAGCAAAGUAUCCAGCUGCAGCAAAUCAAAGAGGCGCUGGGUCCAGAUGCGCUCGAGAAAUACGGUGUCAGUCACAUUACACCAGAGGACAUUGAGGACGCCGCAAAGGGAAGAGAGGUGUCGGGCUCCAUUUCCAUUAGGAAAAAGACGAAGGCUCCAGGGGAUGCGGCAGCCUCAGGUGAAGGCAGUUCGGCUGCCAAGACAAAGCGAAACAAGAAGUUCAAAAACUUGGCUUUUUGA